AUGUGCGAAGGCUCUGUUCUACGCACGACCGAGAAAACCGGGUAUUUCAGCGUAAUCAACGAUCAAAUCUGCAACCAGGAAGCUGAUCUGGACCGUCCAGAUGGCAACCACGCAAAUCACGACCCUUCGUAUGAAGAUAGAAUAGACGGUGUUGACGAGAUCACUCCUUUAGUAGAUGAAUUUGUCAUCGACAACGAAGUACUCGACGUGGAUGGUCAUGUAAAAGGAUUCACUUCUAUACCCGAGGCCAUUGAAGACAUCCGCCGCGGCAAGUUUGUGAUUGUGGUAGAUGAUGAAGAUAGAGAAAAUGAAGGAGAUCUUAUAAUGGCGGCAUCCAUAGUCACUCCAGAAGCCAUGGCUUAUAUUGUAAAGCAUGGUACCGGAAUUGUGUGUGUGAGCAUGAAAGAAGGAGACCUUGAGAGGUUACAACUUCCUCUGAUGGUAACGCACAAGGAAAACGAGGAGAAACUUCGCACUGCGUUCACCAUUACAGUGGAUGCCAAAGUUGGCACAACCACUGGAGUGUCUGCCAAAGAUCGAGCAAAUACAAUCUUAGCUCUUGCAUCUCACCAUUCAAAGCCGGAGGAUUUCAACUGCCCCGGUCACAUCUUUCCUUUGAAGUACAGGAAAGGUGGUGUUCUAAAAAGACCGGGAUGCACAGAAGCUGUGGUGGAUCUUGCCAUACUAACAGGUUUAAACCCCAUAGGAGUACUAUGUGAGAUUGUGGACGAUGAAGAUGGUUCAAUGGCUAGAUUGCCCAAGCUUCGUGAAUUUGCAAGGAAAGAGAAGUUGAAAAUUAUUUCAAUUGCGGACUUAAUCCGGUUUUUACAGACUUAUAUGGCAAAUCCACAGUCAAAAAAAGCUUAA